CCCAGCACACUGCACUGGGCCCGACGCUAUGAGUGUGGUGACAUGAGACAAAAACAAAAAAUGUUUAAUUACAUCAUAAUAUAUUUCAUACUGUACAAUGUAUCCCCGGGAGAUUUAAACAAAUACGAUCUUAUAAUAAUACCGAUACUGAAAGAUGAAGGAAUCAAUGAAAAUAGAAAACCUCGGGCCUUUCAUAGAGAUUAUAGGACGAAUUACGAUAGACUGGACAUAGGGGACUAUGAGGAAGCGACAGAGGCCUUGGAUGUGGACAGCUUCGGAGACACCAGCAGCACGCUGGACGUGUCAGGGUUAACGGGUAGUGGACCACAGAGAUUGGGUUUGGAUUACCCUUUGGGAAAUUACGAGGAAGAUAAAAUAGUGGGAGGUUUUGAAGUGGAUAUAAACCUCUAUCCUUACCAUGUGGCGUACGGCACCAACUGUGGAGGCGCCAUCAUUGACAGGAAGUGGAUCAUCACUGCUGGUCAUUGUGGUAAGAAACCAUACAUAAAAGCGGGAUCCAAAUAUUUAAAUCAAGGCAAGAAAAUAUCUGUGAAGAACAAUUUCAUCCACCCAUCGUGGACGGCGAAGGAUAAGGAGCAUCCCUUCGACUAUGACUUCCAACUCCUAGAACUGAGCGAACCCUUGAAAUUCGACGACAAUAUACAAGCCAUCAAAAUAGCUCAUAUCGAGGAUAUGGUGAUCGGGAAGGUGGUUACAGUCACCGGAUGGGGAAACACAGAGGAGAAUGGGCCUUAUUCUAACGUACUCCGAGCGGUGAGGGUCCCUAUCAUAUCUAAGGAGAACUGCCAGCAAGUGCCGUUCCCAUACUUCAGAGGCGCCCUCACUCCUCGGAUGUUCUGCGCUGGAUUCUCAGAGGGAAAGAAAGAUGCUUGCCAGGGUGACUCAGGGGGUCCGGCAGUGGCGUCUGGACGUCUUCUGGGCAUGGUGUCGUUCGGCUACGGGUGCGCCACCCCCGGCUCCUAUGGCGUUUACAGCAAGGUUGCGAAAGUCAGGUCAUGGAUAUCACAAGUCACAGGGCUUAGUCUAGAAUAGAAUACAUUAAUUAAACAUUUUUUAAACGGUGA